AUGCUGCAGCCAGAGCAAUGGAUUGUACAGAAGUACGGCGGGACUUCAGUGGGCAAAUUCUUGCCUGCCAUCACCUCGCAGAUCGUUCCAUCAUACCUGUCUGCAGCCGCUGCUGCCACUGACGGGCGGAGACUGCGAAUUGCACUCGUCUGUUCCGCCCGCUCGGGCUCGACCAAGGCAAAGGGCACAACCAACCUCCUCUUGACCGCAGCGACGCAGGCUCUGGAGCCGGACAACGGUACAGAUGCCGAUCUGAGCGCUUCAGCCCUGAACCUUCGCAUGUCGGCAGAGUGGAACAACAGCAGAUUCAGCAACAGCAGCAACCGGAGUUCAUCCUCUUCCUCUUCCACCGCCUCGUUGCCUGCCAAGCUGGCAUUCGAGGAGACUGUCGAGGUCCUGCUGGAAGAGCAUCUCAAAGCAGUCGACAUUGCCGUAAAGAAGGAUCUGGAGCUCAGGCAGAGGCUCGAGUCAGAUGUUCGGGCAGAUUGUGAGAGGUUGCGCCAGUUUCUGCAGGCAGCAAAGAUCAUUGAGGAGAUUUCGCCCCGGUCUAAGGACAUCAUCCUCUCGCUCGGCGAGCGCCUAUCCUGCCGACUUGUCUGUGCCGCCCUGCAGGAUCUGGGCAUCCCUGCCGAGCUGGUAGGCAUGGAGUCCGUCAUUGAUGCCGCUUUCCUUGACGAGGCAUCAUCUCGACGCCGGAGAGCAGGCGGUAGUAUCGGCAAUCAGGCAGCAGUUGAUGGCGAAGCCCUGCUGGACCAGCACUUCUACGAUCUGCUCGCAGAACGCAUGGGCGAGAAGUGUCGCGCCGCAAAGGGCGUCCCUGUUGUGACAGGCUACUUUGGAGCUGUUCCGGGCUCUCUGCUGUCACAGGUCGGGCGAGGAUACACGGAUCUAUGCGCCGCCCUCUGCGCCGUCGGCUUGGCUGCUUCCGAACUUCAGAUCUGGAAGGAGGUGGACGGCGUAUUCACUGCUGAUCCGAGAAAGGUCUCCACUGCUCGGCUCAUCCCUUCCAUUUCGCCAGAGGAAGCGGCAGAGCUGACCUAUUACGGCAGUGAGGUCAUCCAUCCCUUCACCAUGGAGCAAGCGAUCAGAAAGAGGGUUCCCAUCAGGAUCAAGAACGUAGAGAACCCUGGUGGUUCUGGGACGGUCAUCCUGCCCGAUGCCGAAGAGGGAGAGAAAGAUCACUUGGUCGAAGGACACGUUACGCAGCCUCAGACCCCUGCUGCAAGCGGUGCCAACACUCCAGGCGCCUUCCCACCGUGGGGCAUGUCCAGCGCAUACCCUGGCUUCGAUGCCAAUACCCUCAACGCUCUUUCCGCGAAUGCCAAUGGACCUCUGCCUCAACGCAGGUUGCCAACGGCAGUCACCAUCAAGGAGGACGUCAUGGUUCUCAAUGUUCACUCCAACCGCAAGACCAUCUCUCACUCCUUUUUCUCCCGCAUCUUCUCCACACUCGACCGACAUGGCGUGGCAGUGGACCUGAUCUCUACCUCGGAAGUGCACGUCUCCAUGGCCAUCUCGGCCACCUCGCUCCGUCGACCUACCCGAACACUCGAUGCAAUCUGCAGCGAGCUGGGCGUUGUAGGCACCGUCAGUGUAUUGCGUGAGAUGGCAAUUUUGAGUCUGGUGGGGAGACAGAUGAGACAUAUGGUCGGUGUGGCUGGGAAGAUGUUCACCACACUUGCAGAGGGAGGAAUCAACAUUGAGAUGAUCAGCCAGGGCGCUAAUGAGAUCAACAUCUCUUGCGUCAUUCAUGCCAAAUCAGCACUCAAAGCGCUCAACCUCAUCCACUACUCGGUGCUAGAAGUGACACCAAUCAAGCCAAGUAACGCCGAGAGCGGCAACUUUGGGAGAAGCUUCGUGUAA